AUGGUCCUACUGGCAACUCUAUCAGCCCCGCUCGCUCAGCCAAUCCCUCCCCCCGCGGUCGCGCCUCCGGCCCCGCUGUCGGCGAUGCUCGUCCAAACCCGUCUCGCUCCCCAGAUGGCUCCACGGCUUCCCCCCUGGCCAGCCGUGGGCCCAUCCCGCACCCCGCGGCCGCCGCCCGCGUAUUCCUCCCAGCCCGUGGGCCCUCGGCCCCUGGAGGUCGGGUCUUCUCUGCCCCGCGCAUUACGUCCACGGGCCGAGUUAUCCCUCCACGCCUCGUCUCCAACCCGUCCCCAACGGCGGCCGCCUCUUGCCGCCCAAAGCAACAUCGAAUCCGCAACUGGACCGCCAGUGGCCUCUGGCUCGGGCUCCCCACCAAGCCCAAGGGAGGAACUCCCCUCUCCAUCGCAGCCCGUCGACCCUGAGGGAUCUCCCGCACAACCCAUGGGCCCCUCCCCGGAAAUCUGA